AUGUGGGAAUACAGCACAGCGCCCCCUCUGGCAGCAUGUGGGAAUACAGCACAGCGCCCCCUCUGGCAGCAUGUGGGAAUACAGCACAGCGCCCCCUCUGGCAGCAUGUGGGAAUACAGCACAGCGCCCCCUCUGGCAGCAUGUGGGAAUACAGCACAGCGCUCCCUCUGGCAGCAUGUGGGAAUACAGCACAGCGCCCCCUCUGGCAGCAUGUGGGAAUACAGCACAGCGCCCCCUCUGGCAGCAUGUGGGAAUACAGCACAGCGCCCCCUCUGGCAGCAUGUGGGAAUACAGCACAGCGCCCCCUCUGGCAGCAUGUGGGAAUACAGCACAGCGCCCCCUCUGACAGCAUGUGGGAAUACAGCACAGCGCCCCAUCUGGCAGCAUGUGGGAAUACAGCACAGCGCCCCCUCUGGCAGCAUGUGGGAAUACAGCACAACGCCCCUCUGGCAGCAUGUGGAAAUACAGCACAGGGCCCCCUCUGGCAGCAUGUGGGAAUACAGCACAGCGCCCCCUCUGGCAGCAUGUGGGAAUACAGCACAGCGCCCUCCUCUGGCAGCAUGUGGGAAUCCAGCACAGCACCCCCUCUGA